AUUGUUUACUCCUCCCAUCAUCACAUCGCUCCACAAGGCGACAUGGCGGCGGCGGCGAUCGGUGACGAGGCGUCGUCGGUCCUGGCCCGCCAGCUCCCCCCCUCCUGUCCUGCCGGACCGCUGUUGUUCGACGAAACGCCGGACCGAGCCGACGGCGUGUUUGCUAAUUACUAUUCCCUCUGCCCGCGCCCGUAAGGUGUUCGGACAAAUGCGCAAGACGGCCACCACUCCGAACUUCCCGGAGUUGGACACGCCUGCGUGCGUGCGCGCUCUCAGCGGCCGUUUCUCGUGCGCGCGUCGGGGCCAGGAGGGGAGGGGGUGACUUUUCUUGGAGGUGUUCUUGGAGAGGAGUAGAAAUGUCAAAGGUGAAUUUCGGAGGCUCCGGGGGUAGGAAAGAAUCGUCAACCUUGGCGCGGAGCCAAGUCGAUGGCGUUCUCCUCGACUUCUCGGAUGGUGUCAACUCUCAAACCUUUGCCCGUGUGCAAACCGUGUGCCCGUCGGGUUUGGCUUUGUCCAGCCGGUCUGCCUGGAUGUGAGAUGAUCGAUUCGUCUGCUUCGCGCUCAUCGAAGUCUACGGAUUCCAUUUUGUUUAUCUACACUGCAUCGCCUGACAGCUUGCACUCGAUUUCUUAAUUAGGCAUGACCACAAGUUGAUAGCGUUAACACAUGGCGUGGUUGUUCGUUGCUGUGGGGGCAAAACAAGAUGGCCCCCUCCCUCAGUCCUUCGCUGUGCUGAUGUCCUUUGGGCCGUUGACUCCAAAGUCUUCUCUCGUUGUCCUAUUCUUCUCUUGUGGUGUUCUUGUUCACGCCAUUCUUGAGGCUUGAGCACCCGAGGUUCCGAGUCUUGCAGGUGUGCUCUCUUGUCUGAGGAGCCGAGUGAUCCGUCUGCUCUGGAUACAAGCUCGAAGAUGUGGCCUCGUAUAGGAAAUGAUGAUGCGGCAGGUGUGGAUGGCUUCGCCAUUUGAUUACAUGAGCAUUCGGAUGCCUUUCCAUGCCAGAUAUCUUCGCUCAUUCAAUGUCCAAGGAGCUAUUUCCUGUUGCUGGCAACAAAGGAUAAAGUGCAACUGAGACCUGCAAUCUCAGUUCUGGAGCAACCAGAUGGCACAUGCCAGGAGCCAACAUGAGUGUGCCAUUGCUCUGACCAACACCACAAUUACUCCAGGACCAGGCAGUAAUGAGAUUGAAGAUUGCAGCUACCAUGCAGAGGGCAAUGGGAUGGUUAGCAUUGUCGCAGGCAGUAGCUGGCAAUAUGCCAUGGACGAAUUUAAACUCUUGUGGGGGUUGCGGAAAUAUUUGGUACUGCUUGGAAUUCUAGCUGUUAGCGUGACAUACAAUGCUGGAUUAACACCACCGGGGGGAUUCUGGACAUUAAACGAAUAUGGCCAUAUUGCUGGUGACCCUGUCCUUCGUGUUACCUUCUAUCAACGGCAUGAGUUAUUCUUUUACUUCAAUGCAACAGCGUUAGCUGCAUCUCUUCUCUUACUUGUCUUGCUUCUGAGUAAGAGAGUGACCAGGCAUAAGUUGUGGCUCCGUUCAAUGCAGUUUACUAUGAUUUUGGAUCUAUUCAGCCUGAUGGGAGCCUAUGCUGCUGGAAGCUGCAGGGCACUUAAAUCAUCCAUUUAUGUCUUGAUUCUAGUCAUUGCUGUUUUUGUUUAUGUUGGGAUUCAUAUCCUAGUUUCAAUAAGGGUUAUUCCAGAAGCCUUGAAAGAGAAGGUGCGGGCAAAAUUAAUUCAGAUUCUACCCAAAUGGUGUAUCCAUGACGAGGAAAGGAGCAGCCAUCAAGAGAAAGAAGUUGAGGAGGCUCGCAAGUUCAUUUUGAUGCUUGUAACUUUUGUGGCUACUGUCACGUACCAAGCUGGGCUGAGUCCACCAGGUGGCUUCUGGUCUGACAAUGACAAUGACGCUCCUCGAUACAAGCAUCCUCCAGCUACUUCAGUUCUUCGCAGUAACUACCUUGGCCGCUAUAACAUAUUUGUGGUUUUCAAUUCAACUUCCUUUGUUGCAUCUUUGGUCACAGUCAUACUUCUUUUGAGCAAAGAAUUGAGCACACAUGGGAUAAGGUCCAAAGCAGUGGUUCUUUGUGUGGUAGUUGACUUAUUGUGCCUUGUUGGUGCUUAUGCUGCUGGAUGCUGUAGAGCUGUAGCCACAUCAAUCUAUGUGACGCUUAUUAUCAUUGUUGUUUUGAUCUUCUUUGCAUUAUUAGCUGUGACCUUUACCUACAAACCUGUAGCAGACUGGCUAGUAAAUAUCAAAUCAAAAUAUUGGGACUGCAUGGAUGCAGUGGGCCGUGCCCUCUCCUCAACUUAUGGUAGCAUCAGAGAGCAGGAUAAUUCUUCUAGUCGUCAUCAAGCUUCAAUCCGUGAAAGUGUUGCAAUUACAGAAGACAAAGCCUCUGAAACAGAACACCAGUCUGAUGAUAAUCAGGGACACAGAUUGAGCCAAGGAGAGCAGGAGAAUUCUGCAAGUCGUCAUCAAGCUUCAGUUCAUGAAACGUCACCGGCGGAAUACGAAGCCUCUGAAAGAGAACACCAGUCUAAUGACAAUCAGGGACACAUUUUGAGCAAAGGAGAGCAGGAGAAUUCUUCAAGUUGUCAUCAAGCUUCAGUUCAUGAAACAUCACUGGCAGAAGACAAAGCCUCUGAAACAGAACACCAGUCUGAUGACAAUCAGGGAUACAGAUUGAACAAAGGAGAGCAGGAGAGUUCUGCAAGUCGUCAUCAAGAUUCAGUUCAUGAAACGUUACCGGCAGAAGACAAAGCCUCUGAAACAGAACAUCAGUCUGAUGACAAUCAGGGACACAGAUUGAGCAAAGGAGAGCAGGAAAAUUCUGCAAGUCGUUGUCAAGAUCCAGUUCAUGAAACGUCACCAGCAGAAGACAAAGCCUCUAAAACAGAACACCAGUUUGAUGGCAAUCAGCAAAUAUCAGACACCAUAAAGAUGGAGUCUUCAGAGGAGCUUUUAGCAGCAGAUAAACAGCAAGUUGUAACUAGGUCUGUUUUCAACUCACAGUAUAUAUCAAAUACCAAAGAGAUAGAGUCCCCUGAUGAACAACCACCACUGGAUAAACAGAACACUGUAGAUACUAAGGAGACUGUCUCCAACUCAAUACAUCCAGCAGGGGACAACCAACAAUCAGAAAAUACAGAAGAUGUUGUGUGUAACCUGUACAAUCAGUCUACAAUCAGCCUAUUUACAAACAUGAACGAGUCUAUGUCCAGCACGGACCAUCUAUCUGCAGUAAACUGCCAGCAAACAACAUAUACCAAUGAUGGUAUAUCUGCUGAGGACCAGCAAGAGGCAAGUAAGAAGGGGCAAUGUUCAACUAAUUACAUCAAAAGUAUGUUUUCGCCAAUGGAGGGCUUUUCUAAACAAAAUAUGUCAGCCAAUCGCUGUAAUAGAGCCACCGGCAAUAUCACAUCGAGUGAAGUGCCUUCUGUCCCUGCGCAAGCCUGUGAGCAUGCUGACGGUUCAGAGCAGCACAUGACAGUUGAGAUUGGUAGAAUUAUCAGAGAUCCUGAACCUGCUGCGAAUGUCCAUGUUUACAGUGGUCGAGGAGCACCUGGUCAAAUUGUUGAUGACAAUCCAACUGAGAAGCACCUGAACAAGACCCGCACAUAUCUGCUUCUUCUUUCCAUUCUUGCAGUGUCUCUAACUUAUCAAUCAGGUUUGAACCCACCAGGUGGCUUCUGGUCAAGAAGUGAAAACGAACAUUCAGCCGGUGACCGCAUCCUUGAGGACACAUACCAUCCCCGCUUUAUUGCAUUCUUCUAUGUCAAUGCAAUUGCCUUUGUGGCAUCCAUUAUCAUGAUUAUUUUGCUCCUGAACAAGCUGAUGAGUGAAAAGGUUACAAAACGACGUGCAUUGCCAAUAGCCAUGAUAGUGAACCUACUUUCCCUUACUGUAGCUUUUGUUUUAGGAAGCAGCAGGGAAGCCAAGAAGUCCACAUAUUCAUCAGUUUUGGUAGGUCUCGUACUUGCUUAUGUUGCUGUUCAUGUUCUAUUGGCAAUACAUGUAAUCCCCAAAAAGUGGAGAACAUGGGAUCAUGAGUCGAAGAGCAGUUCAGGCCCUGCAUUGCCUAAAAACAGGACAGAGGAUGAUCUUAAGGAGUUUGGGAGGAGGCGUAAUCUACUAUUGAUUCUUGCAAUUCUAGCUGCAACUGUCACAUACCAGGCUGGCAUGAACCCUCCAGGAGGUGUAUGGUCCGAUGACAAGGAUGUCAGUGGCAAGCCAGGAAAUCCUGUCCUUCAGGACACACACUCAAAGCGCUAUGAUGUGUUCUAUUACUCAAAUUCAAUCUCAUUUGUGUCAUCUUUAGUUAUCACAAUAUUACUCGUGAAUAAGGAAUCCUGUGAGCAUGGAAUCAAGUCAUAUGCUUUGCGAGUGUGUUUGGUUGUAGGCUUGCUUGGCCUCCUGAUUGCAUAUACUGCAGGCUGCUGCAGGAAUCGGAAGCAAUCCAUCUAUCUCAUCGCCAUUGCUGUGGCAGUUCUAGUAUCCCUUGCGAUUCAAGUUCUACUAUCUUCAAUUUAUGGGGAACUAUUAUCUCAAUUUAUGGACUGCCUGCAGAGUUGUCUUUUCGGUGCCAAGAAAGUUCAACAAGACACUCCCGUCUUGCCGGAAGCUUCAGAACAUGUUGAGAAAGAAGUCAAAAUACUGAAGAAAAAGCACAAGUACCUGAUGCUGCUUGCAAUUUUAGCGGCCUCCAUUACAUACCAAGCUGGUCUGAACCCACCUGGUGGCUUCUGGUCUGGUAAUGCAGGCCAUGCGCCAGGCAACCCAAUACUUCAUGAUGUUCAUCGCCUGCGCUAUGAUUUAUUCUUCUGCUUCAACUCUUUCUCCUUCAUGGCAUCAAUUGUUGUGAUCAUGCUUCUGCUGAUUAACUCUGUCAGGAAGAAGGAUGUGCCCCUUGAGGUAUUGCGUGUGAUCAUGAUACUAGACCUGCUGGCUCUCAUGACAGCUUUUGCUGUGGGUAGCUGUCGAAGGUUCUGGACUUCACUAUAUGUCUAUGCGCUAGUAAUAGGUGUUGUAAUAUGGCUCUUGCUUCUAAUUGUUUUGUCAAGUAAGGUCGCAAAAUUUCUGCUACGAAGGAGGUUUUCCAGUCACACCGACCCUAAACCAGCUUCAAGAACAAAUACACUGGCACCUGGGCAGUAAGUUGAAGCUACAAUUUAUUUUCUGCAUUGUCUGCAAAUGAGUACUUUUGGUCAGCAUUUUUCUUCUUGAUGUUUCAUCCAUGAGAUAUCCUAAUCUCUCUGGUUCAUUUGAUGUAUACGAUCAUGUUUGUUUCCUCGGAUAUAUUUAGAUACUUAGUUAUUUGUGACAUGAUCCCGUUCAAAAGUGAUUUCUGUUACCAGCUAGAUCCUGCUUGCGUGAAGUGUUUAUGUAACGUCAGCAGUGUAUUUAACUUCGCUAAAUCCUGCUUCAAAAAGGUGAUAGUGGCACAGAAUGAGUUUGCACUGGUGACAUUAUCAGUUGAACGCCCCAGAUUUUUCAAAUAUCUGUGUUAGCCAUGCUUUUCCGAGGAGAGGUCCAUGUAUGCAUAGCAGUUUACUUGGCUCUUUCAUCCUCGCCAGUGUAAAAAAGGGCUAACUUUACAUACUGAUUGUAAUAUGCCUGAACUCUCUACAUGUGAGUA